GCAGUGGUGGGAAACACGCCGCGCGGGCGGGACAAGCCGGACCUUCGCGGUCUCGCGGUCGCAAUCUCAUACGAUAACUGAUAAUACUCGCGAUACUUAUUUAAUAACAUAAAUUUCAAGAAAUGGAUAUUAAAGAACUUUAAGAAAUAAUCGAUUCCUUUAUUUUAAAAAAACCUAAAAAAAUGUUCUUAUCUCUAAAUGAUUACUUGUCUAAAUAUUCAUCAAAUAAGUCAAUUUAAACUUAAUUAUGAGAGUGCCAAUUUUCGAAAUAUGUCGGUAACGUAAAGGUUACGUUUGAUAGUGGUGUUAUUAAUAACAAAGUUGUUCGGAAUGGACGAGGAAAUUGUGACGGCGACAGCCGCCGUAGACCCAGCGCCGCACCGUUCACCUACGCCUGAAUUACACGCUACAUACACGUCUCUGGAAAUCUUAGUGGCUUUAGUGGCUGUUGUAGGCAAUUCCAUGGUGAUACACGUGUUCCGUCGCGACAGAAGACUUCGACGUCGUACAAAUUACUACAUAGUGUCAUUAGCAAUCGCGGAUUUGCUAGUCGGACUAUUAGGUAUACCAUUUGCGAUAUUGGCUUCAGUUGGUCUACCAAGAAACCUUUACGCCUGUUUGUUCACGACAUCGCUGCUGGUGAUGCUUUGCACGAUUAGCAUCUUCUGCCUUGUGGCGGUGUCUGUAGACCGCUACUGGGCGAUUCUUCAUCCCAUGUGCUAUUCGCGGAACGUCCGUACCAAAACUGCUAUUCUUAUCAUCUCGGCAUGCUGGGUCGCCGGCGCCGGUGUUGGAUUCCUACCGCUCUUCGGAUGGCACGCUGCCGUUGACACGGCACCGGGAUGUUACUUUGUCGAGGUCAUGGAUUACAACUACCUUCUCUUCCUAUACUUCGCUACAAUUGUGACUCCCAGCGUUCUUCUUGCGGCCUUCUACGCCCAUAUCUACCGCGUGGUUGUUAAGCAGAUGAGCGCGGUCGUAACGGUGGAAGGCGGGCAAGGUCGGGGCGGUACGAUGCUGCGGGUUCUAGGAGCGGCGCAAAAACGAGAAGUCAAAGCGACUCAAAACCUGGCCAUCAUAGUUUUCUUCUUCAUAAUCUGUUGGAUACCACUUUACACAAUAAAUGCGAUUAAAGCAUUCAUGCCUGAAUUGGAUAUUCCGAACCCAUUAACGUAUUUCUGUAUUAUAUUUUCCCACCUAAAUUCUGCGAUAAAUCCAUUAUUAUACGCUUAUCAUUUAAAAGAUUUUCGGGCGGCGUUAAAAGGUCUGAUAUGUACGGUAUUUGGACGAGGAGUACCACUUCCUGCUGUAUAUAGACCUCCUGUGCCUGUGAGGCGUCCGGCUUUGGAAAGAUGUAAUGCUUUACGAGAAAGACCGAGAAUAUACGUGAAUUCUCCGGUUUGGUUGAGACAAAGAGAGGCCGAAAUGGCAUCAGUUGAGAACAGAAAUUUGGCACUAGUCAAUCCAGAUUUAGAACCAUUUUUGAACAAUGUAGGGACUGACGGUUCAAACGGAAGGCAUACUCCUGAGGGUCGAGAGAGGAAUAACGGCCCCUAUCUUAUAGAGGGUAGUCAAUGUCAAAGUCCGUACAAGAAAGUAGAAGAGUUUAUACGAAGAGUACGAAGUGUCAGUUCGGAGCACAGCUGACAUGAAUCAAGCCGUGUGCCCUCGGCUUAUAGUGUGGCAUAACCAGCUUUAAUUUUUUUCACCAACAAAGGACUGUUCGUAUUUCAAUUAUUAUCACUAUUUAAGAUACCUAUUACAUUUGUGAUGUUAAUAUGAUUGAGAAUAUUUUUAGAUAAGCUAUUUUAUUAUGAGUCUGUUGAAACCAAAAAUUUAUGAGAUUAAUGUCGAUAUGCUUGUCAGAUGUGAAUAAAUG